UUCGUUUCUUCGGUUUUCUUUCUCCCUGCACCUAAAUAUACGCCAGAAAAUUCCUUGUGGUCACCAAACCAAAACCUACGACGCCUGCUUUGAAAUUUUCCUUAAACAACAAGGGUCGAUAAGGGUUUCAAGAAAUUUCACUCCUUUGAUUCGAAAAACGCGUUUCGAUUUUUCCUCUCACGUUUUUGGCGUUUUCUGGGUUUGUCUCUUGACGAGAGGCGAUCACGGGGUUUUACACCUCUUCGUUGUUUUGUGUGCGUCUUUGGGGAAAAGAAGGAAUUUUAGGGUUUGUUUUUCUUCGUGUUGAAGAAGCGAUUUUCUCGUGCUUCACUGGUUCUCGGGAUCUGUGCCUUUUUUAUUUGAUUAACCCAGGUUCCUGGCUUCUUCACUGUCAGGAGAGGCCUUUGAGUUUUGGAGUAGUGAGUGGCUCCUGCACUGCAUGCUGCACGUUUUCGCUGUGAAACUACAGUCAGAAGCUUAGAGAAGAGAUGGGAAUCUUUUCACGCAGUUCCAUUAGUAGGAAAUCAAAAGAUGGAAUGAAGAUCAUUGCAACUGCAUUUUUCGGAGUAACUUUCGGCUUUCUGGUCGGAAUAUCUUUUCCAUCCUUAUCGAUCACUAAGGUGAGUCUCCCAACAAAAUUUCUUCUUUCAACCGAUCUCUCGUAUAUAGAGGAAAAGGGUUCAGCAAUUUCAACUCCAGAAAGUCAUAAAGCUUGGUCAUCAUCAAAGAGUAACGAUAGCAGCUCAUCGGAUCCAAUCGACAAAUCAAAGAUCUGGGUUCCUUCAAAUCCUCGUGGUGCUGAAAGAUUGCCACCGGGUAUAGUUGCUGCUGAAUCAGACUUCUAUUUGCGCAGAUUAUGGGGUUUACCUCAUGAGGAUUUGACAAGCCAGCCAAGAUACCUCGUGACGUUUACUGUGGGUAUUAAUCAGAAAGAAAAUAUCGAUGCUUGUGUCAAGAAGUUUUCAGGGAACUUCACUAUUCUCCUUUUUCAUUAUGACGGCCGGGUAACUGAGUGGGAUGAGUUUGAAUGGUCGAAGAAUGCUAUACACAUUAGCGUGCGAAAGCAGACGAAAUGGUGGUAUGCGAAGAGGUUUCUGCACCCUGAUAUUGUUGCACGAUAUGAUUAUAUAUUCAUCUGGGAUGAAGACCUUGGGGUCGAGCAUUUUAAUGCAGAAGAGUACAUAAAGCUGGUGAAGAAGCAUGGCCUGGAGAUUUCCCAACCUGGCUUGGAACCAAACAAGGGGUUGACAUGGCAGAUGACAAAGAGAAGAGGAGAUCUUGAAGUCCACAAGAUAACAGAAGAAAAACCUGGAUGGUGCUCAGAUCCUCAUCUCCCUCCAUGUGCUGCAUUCGUCGAGAUCAUGGCUCCUGUAUUCUCAAGAGAUGCCUGGCGAUGCGUGUGGCACAUGAUCCAGAAUGAUUUGGUUCACGGUUGGGGCCUUGACUUUGCACUCAGAAGAUGUGUGGAGCCUGCACAUGAGAAGAUAGGAGUAGUAGAUUCUCAGUGGAUCGUUCAUCAAACUGUCCCUUCCCUUGGCAGCCAAGGUGAGGCAACGGACGGGAAAGCGCCAUGGCAAGGGGUGAGGGACAGAUGCAAAAAGGAAUGGACCAUGUUCCAGAGUAGAAUGGCUUCUGCGGAGAAGGAUUAUUUCAAAUCCUUACAAGUUGAAGGCUCCUCCAAUUCAACAGCAACCACCAUUUAAUAGGAUUUAAUAGGAGAGUUGUCAAUUAGCCAGACCGAGACGCUGACAGAUUCAGUUUACAAUAGUGUCUUGCAUUUACAUAUAGAGUCUGUAUAGGUUAAUGAAGUAGUGGAUACCCAUCUCUUCUUAACUCACAACAGAACCUUCCAACGAAUAAAGAAAAAGAUGUGUGUAUCCCAAUCUUGAUCCCAUUAGAGCACUUCUGCAUUUAGUAGCAUGUGCUAUAUAAAAUGUCAAGAUUGUGGGCUUUGAUCAAUCUACAAGUAAGUAAAUUCUGUAUUGAGGAAAAUGAGCAUUGUUUUAAGAUGGCGU